AUGUCCUUUUACUUAUCAUUUGGUAUUUCACCAGGAAAAUUGGAUGUCUUUGUGAUUCUAACUAGUAAUGAAGGAAAGGAAUAUUUGCUUUCGCCUGUAAAUGAUGCCGGCUAUGGGGAUUGGUUGACCAACUUGAAGAACAAAAUCAAUGGUAGGAAUUCUCCAUCUCCUUUUGAGAGAUCCAGUCCUGGCCAAAAAGGAUUCAUGAGCCGGGUUCGAAACAGCCUGAGAAGAAAGAAGAAGCUUGGUCGUUCAAUGUCUGAGGACGUCACAGGUCAAACAUGGCACUCAAAAUUCAGGCAAGAAAGAGAUGAGGCCAGCUAUCAUUUAUCAACCCCAGAGACAAAACACAAAACCCGUGAAAAUAUCACAAAUGAAUUGAGAAAAGAAAGAUCUCACAGCUAUCCCUCUGAAUCUGAGGAUGAUGAGAGGAAUGAUGUUAAUAAAACAACUUUGAAGGUGAAAACGUAUGAAGACAAGGCCUGCGAUACGUCAAGUCUAGUGUGUUUAGACUGGAUCAUUACUGAUGGGGGCGAGGAUACUGCUGACGACAAGCAUACCAACGAACCAAAUGUAGAUGAGACAAGGCAAAACCCAAGAAAAUUACUCAAGGCAGUUGGGAUUGAUUACGAUUUGGAAGGACAGACGGACAGUAAUCAAAAGGGGAAUACUGUACUUGUCAAUCAAAGUAUAGGUCAAGGUCUUUACAGUGUGAUGGACAGUAUGGAGGGACAGACAGACAUAAUACAAAAGGAAGUGACUGUACCUGUCAAUCAAAGUCUGCAUGGUUUUACAGACCUUAGACAGACAGACAUACAAGAAGGAAAUGUUUCACCUGUCAAUCAAGGUCUUCAAGGACAGACAGACAGUACUAAAAGGGAAGUUUCUUUACCUGGCAAUCUGUGUACUGCAGGACAGACAGACAGCGCUCAAAGAGAGAUUUAUUUACCUGUCAAUCAAAAUAUUACAGGACAGACAGACACUAUUAAAAAGAAAGACAAAUUACCUGUCAGUCAAAGUCUCCCAGGACAGACAGACAGUACCUCAGCAGAAGUUACUUUGACUAUCAAUCAAAGUAGUACAGGACAGACAGACACUAUUAAAAAGAAAGACAAAUUACCUGUCAGUCAAAGUCUCCCAGGACAGACAGACAGUACCUCAGCAGAAGUUACUUUGACUAUCAAUCAAAGUAGUACAGGACAGACAGACACUACCCAUGGAGAGACUUAUUCUUCUAGAGACGGUGAAUCAAUAUCAGAAACCGGACAAGUGGAUGUUGACAAAGCAGCUCUUGUGGAGAGGAAAAACACUCCUUGUUCAUAUAAGCUUUGCACAAAUGUACACAACGACGACUUCAAGGCCGACAUGUCUUUACAGCAACAAAAGAUAAUUCGUGAAUUGGAGAUAGAAGUGUGCAAACUAAAGUGUGAAGUGAUAAGUCUUAUUCAAGGAACCAUUAAAGUACCUCUCAAAGAUGAUGAUCUCGCCGACUGGCACUACGUCGAAGAAAUCCGGUACAAGGAUCGUAUCUUUGAGCUCUUGAGAGAAGCAAGACUGUACAAUCCUAGCCUCCCAGACCUUGACAGUUCCAAAUCUAGUAACUUCAAGGAUGUCUACGGCUUUAUUCACGGCAGUCGUGAAAGUGAAAGCGUGGUCUUCCAUUUCGUUUGUCGAGAACUAACUCAACACUAUUCCAGUUUCUUUCAGGUAACAAUGAAUGACGAUUGUCAAUUAAACUUUGUCUGUGAAAAAGUGGAUUCUGUAAAAGCAAUAAAGGGAGUAAACUUUUACAAGAACCAAGUUAGAAAAAUCGUAGAAAAAAAGCAAAAGUCGGAAAUGAGUGAAGUUGAAAGACAAAUAAGAUGUGAUCUCCUGCGAACGAUGCCAAGCAACGUACGCUUCAAAACUCUAGAAUCUGAGGAGGUUACCCAGUUAAAGCGUAUCUUACACGUUUUCGCGGAUGUCAGACCAGACAUUGGAUACCUUCAAGUAAGUAUCACAAAUGUAUCUCUUUUUAUUGUGUUUUUUUCCAGGUCGCUUUACGCUGUAGUUGAUGUUUAUCUUCGGAAUUAUUUUGAUAGAAUGUUGAGUGGUGUUCAAGCUGAUCAGGAAGUUUUAAAAGAGCUCGUAGCGGAGAAACUUCCAGCCCUGCACGCUCACCUCAAAUACUACGGUGUCGAUAUCUCUACCGUCACUUUUAAUUGGUUUAUCACGGUUUACUUAGACGCUGUCCCUUUUGAGACGGCCGUUCGUAUAUGGGAUAGCUUUCUGUUCGAAGGAAGAGAGGUGUUGUUCCGUAUCGCUAUUGGUCUACUAAAGCUUCAAGAACGAUCAUUACUUCAACUGUCUGGACAUUUGGAGAUCAUGCAGUACAUGAAAAGAGCUGCCAGGGUGAUGUAUGACGUCGAUAGGUUAUUCAAGGCGUCAUUUGAGGAAAUGACAAAGUUCCCUACAAAUGAAAUGCUGGACGAAAAACAGAAGCAAUAUCGAGCGGAUAUCAAAUCCAAGCUGGGCCACGUGUCGCCCAUCAAGCAUGAAACUAGCAGAUCGCGAGUGAGUUCCUUUACUGUCGAGCUCCCAAGCCAAGACAAGGUGGAUCGAUUUGAUCAGUAUCAGAUGGUUGAGUGCGCUGUUGCAACCAGUAAAGAUCUUUCAGGUCCUGUGUGUAUUUCAUGUAGUGUUCGCGGCGAAGCUAAAGUUUAUCUUUUGGAUAUCAAUAAAAAGGAAAUGAGUACUUUAGACGCCCAUAUCAAUUCUCGUAUACUAUGUACUGAUGUACUAGAAGACGGUACGGUUCUGAUUGGUACGGUAUUUUGGUGUGUGUAUGCCUUUAAUAUUGAAUCUAGAAUGGAGCUCUGGAGUGUACCCCUAAGAGAUUCCGUCAUCGACUUGUGUCACUAUGAUCACGUGACAGACGACAAAGUGUAUGCCGCAUUGGCUGAUGGGUGCAUAGCCGUUCUUCCGAAUGCUAAUGGUUCAGGUCCACCGUGCCAAGGAUCGCACGUUCGUAUUGGUUCAGCUCCUGUGAUGUGUGUGACCAUGGUGGACAGUCAAGUCUGGUGUGGAUGCGGUAACAAUGUGGUAGUGCUUGAUGCAAGUUCCCUGGAAGAACUUCAUGCCACGGUCGUAUCGUCUUCACCUCGUCACCAGGUCGCUCGCCUGCUCGAGGGUAAUCAUGGGGUAUGGUGCACUAUACGAGGAUCAUCGUGGGUAAUGCUGAUAGACCAGAAUUCCUACGAUUUCUUGCUGAAAAUCGAUGUUGCUCUUGACACGACAAUUAUAGAUGCUGUUAGCGAAUCUCAAGUUUACGUAUCUCCAUUUCAAGAAUCCCGAGUUACGACCAUCAUGCCAUUCGCUGACGAAUUAUGGGUAGGAUUGGGUAACGGUCAAGUGCUGAUAUUUGAUUUGAUCGAAAGCGAAACCCCAAGCAAAGAAGGGGAUUUGGUAGAGAGCUGUGAUUCAAAUGACGAAGACACACCAACCGCUUCAACAGAAGAAGAAGAAGAAGAAAUUCCAAAUGACAAAAGCAAGAGUCAGACGGCCUCUAAUCCACGAUUCAGUCGCGAGGGAACAGAAGUAUUUGACAAAGCAAGCAGCGAGUAUCAGUUUUCUUUGAAAAUGAGAGUACAAUACAGAGUCAGCGAAGAACCCAUUCGAUCACUCGAGAUUUUAAGAGAAACUGAAGAUCCAAUGGUCCUGAGCUGUGCCAGCACGCUAAGCCCCGAAGGAGGUCUUUCUAUUUGGCAAAAACACGCCACCCAAGAUGACUUAUAUGAAUGGUUGAAUUAUCCUAUUAGACAUUCUCAGGCUUAAGAUGAAUAAGCCAAGGGAUAAAGAAGACCCAAUGAUAUUGUAGUUUUGUUAGGUACCAGAUAUCAGUGCAGACUUUUUGACUCUUAUAUCUACAGUUAGUCUUGGUAUAUCUUAUUACCCAUUCAGACUAUGUUAUCCAUGUUAUUAUGGAAUUAAGGAUGCUGUAAUGGUAGUCGACCUGCCUCUGUCUGGGGUAUCACGUUCACUAAAUUCCAAUUCGAUCUGUGUAUUAGCAGUGCCCACAGAGGUUGUUUCAGGGAUCUAUCUGUGAGUACAAUUAGCCAUGUCCUGACUUAGAUCAGCCCAGCAAUUGUUUCAGGGA